GGCCCCGCCCCGGAUCUCUAUGGUAACGGCGGGCGGUUCGGCGCCCGGCGCGCGGGGAGCCUGGGGCCGCAGGAAGAAGCCGGGUGGGGCCCAGGCCGCCCGCCCCGCCGAGCUGGCUGACAGGACCCUGGAGAAGAUGAUGGCGAGACCGCCUGAGUCCCUGUUCUGAGUCAGCCCUUGCCUGGUGUGCUAUGGCUCUACAUGGCCUCUGCAGGACCGGAACACUAUAGCAUAGGCCUCAAAGGGGGAAGCAACUUCCAACUCCCCGGUCCAGCUGCGGCGAGACCCCCCGAGAGCCAGGCCUGGUUCCUCGCUCAGCAGCAGGUGAAGCCCAACUGGAAGCUAGGGAGAAAGCAUGUGAAUACUUUCCAGGACCACAGGCCAGUCCACUCAGGGAUCCCUCCCCAGCGCGGCUGCUUCUUGUACCCAACCUCGUUAUGCAGCAGUCACCUGAGUGACCGGAGCCUGCCCCUCUCCCGGUCCCUGCCCCACCCCUUCCCGGACCUCGCUGGGAGCACGUUGCUGUAUCGGCGCUCAUACUUCAGACACAAGCCCUACCAGCGGCUCGAGUCCAUCUGCUUACGGUCCAGUGCUUCGGAGAGCCGACAGCUUCCUUUCCCAUCCAGAGGGCUCCAGGCUGACCACAGCAUGGCAUCCUCGGCGGUGGAACCGUUCCCCCGGCCGAGUGCGGCUGGGGAGCAGCCCGGCUCGGGGGGGAAAUGCGCUCCUCUAGGCUCAGGUAAACAAACGUCCACCCAGUACAAACCAGUGCUAAACAAUAACUCCUUCCUACGGCCAAACAGUGCUAAAGUGCCUUCGCUGCAGUUGCCAGAGAACAAGAAACUGAAGAACGCCCCUAGGUCUCCGGCGAUAUCUUGGUCCCAUUGUGGGGGAACCGGGGACGGCUCCUCCAUGAGUCUAGAGAACAGGUCUGGGAAAGGCAACGGCCUCACGCUGGAGCAAGCCACCCCUGGGCCCCGCCUGUCUCCAGUUCAGCCCAGCGCGGCCUUCCGAGCCGAGCGAACCUCUUGGCACUUGGAGGACAGCGAGAGCCGGGUGCAGACUUUAAAAGCCAAGGAGCGAGAGAUCCGGCUCACAGAGGCCGUGAGGAAACUGAGCGGGAAGGUUACCUACAACGAAUUCGGCCGCAGGAUUGAGACCUCCUGCCUCAUGAACACGGGCUUCCAGUACAACCUAUUCAACAGGAACAGCCGCUGGAAACAGCAUCUCCUCGCCCAGCUGAGCCCAAAAGAAACGGCCGCCCCCUUGAACUUGGAGCUGGGUAACCGGUGCCUGAGCGGUAACCUGAGCCUGGCUGGCCCCAACAGCGCCACCGUCUGCACUAAACGAAUCAGUGUUCGCCUCUUAGCCUCCAAUUCUGACUCUUCGGACCCCAGUGCGCCCUGUCGGACGGUGAACUUCCUGGCCCUGAGCAGUGGAGACCAGGUGGGGAAAACCGAGCCAGCCCACCAUGCCGACAUCUCCGCGGUAGCAGCUCAGAUGUCCACCAUCCAGCUGAGCAAAGAUGCGAAGUGGGAGCAGGCCGCUCCCCUGAGAGACCCAGAGGCGGCCGUCAACCUGCCCCUGCUCGACCCUGGGGAGCCUGAAGCUGAUGCAGAAGAAGAGCUUCCGGAUGGCUUGGAAGACGGCUGCAGUCAGGAUGAGGAGGAAGAGGAGGGCGAGUCGGACAGCUCCUCCGUCACAGGCUUAUCGCCCAACGGCUCUGUGGCUCUAAUUUCCAGGAAUUGUCUUGAGUGUUUGACCCAACCGCUUGAGGCCCAAGAGCGGAUCCUCAAACCAGCUCUCAUAUGCAGUUUAUUCCCCACCGUGCCUCCAACCAUCUACUUCAGUACUCGGGACGAGAAAGUGGAGAAGCUCCCCUGGGAGCAGAGGAAGCUGCUGCGAUGGAAAAUGAGCACCGUCACCCCUAACAUCGUGAAGCAAACCAUCGGCAGGUCCCACUUCAAAGUCAGCAAGAGUAAGUCGGCUGAGUUGGCAGGCCCUGAGGCUGGGGGACCGUGGUGA